UCAGCUGAGCCGUACCGUGUGGUCACUGCACCAACGUGGUAUUUUUCACUCUCUGGAAAUUGAAGCAGCAGGAGGUCCGACAGUCAGUGUUGCCAGCUCCGCUUCUGAUGACCACCGCUGUCGGUUGCCCACCUGCCUCAAGCUGGAGUGUGUGAUCCGAAGUCCAAUCGCACGCCCAGGGGAUUUGAGGAGAAAGCGCUCGCAAGACAGAAGGAACGACCCAGAGAGCCACACAGCUAGGAGGAGCAGGCAGGCCUUGAGCCUAGAGACCCACGGACACACUGCGAUGACUACAGAAAUCACUUAGGCAAUCUCCGCAUAGGGCUUCCAGCAGCUCUGAUGUGCUGCCUCCUGGCACUGUGGACAUGGCCCACAGGCCCAACGCUUCCGCCCUGGACUAUAGCUACGAGUACUACCUGGACUACUUGGACCUCCUUCCCGUGGAUGAGAAGAAGCUGAAAGCCAACAAACACGCGGUUGUCAUUGCCUUCUGGGUGAGCCUGGCUGCCCUCGUGGCACUUCUCUUCCUCUUCCUGCUCUGCAUGUCCUGCUCAGGCUCCGCACAGACGAGGAACAAUGUUCAGGACCAACGAAAGCGCCCCUGGAGCCCUGGCCUCAACUGUCCCCUCUGCCUCCGGAGGCACCUACUGCGCACAGGGCACGUCGGGGACCCGGCGGGCUCCACCCAGCUCGGUGGAGGAACCAGACAGCAGAGCACCCGGCCCUGAGCAGCAGCUGCAGCCAGGAGCCCCUCCGCCUCUCCCGCCGCUGCCCCCAGCCCAAGGCUGCUCUCCUUGGGAACUGGCCCUGGAUGGGGGCCUCAGAGCAUCAGCUGACUUCAGGAACAAGCCCAGAGAGCGUCCCCGGGGAGACAGAACCUCUCCCCAUUGUAGAACUAACACCAGCAAACUAUGGCCAUUGCUGAGUGAACCGGUGAACGAGGACCCACCUGGACACAUGCGUGUGCUCUGAAAGCCUGUUUACAUGCUGCAGAAAGUGCACCUAGGUCAAGGUCUCUACCGGGUGGCGUGUGAUUGACAUUUUACCCAGAGCUUGUAAUAAUAGCCCACAGCAUAGGCAGUAGCUGCCAAUAUUGCUGGUUUUAUUAAAUGCACCCAACCUGCUUACUUACUGCUUAUGUUUGCUUUGGGAAGGAUAGAAAAAUA